UUAACAGUGACUGUUUGUAGAUUUUAAUUCAAACAGUACUAUCUUAAAACGAUAACGUUGCAUGUGACACUAAAACGAUAAUAUGGUAAUUCUCAGAAGGAAUCUCCCGUAUCGAUAGAAGCAAAUAUAGAGUUAAAGGAGUAAUUAACAAUGGAAUCGUGCAGUGAUGAUGACAUAGAAAAUGAUCUUGAAGACCUCUAUGGUGUUAGAGAUGGUACAAUUUUUGUGAUUGAUGCGACACCUUCAAUGUUUAAAAAUGAUCCAGAUAAUCCAUAUUUUUUACAAUGUAUUAAGCAAUACAAAGAGAUUCUCAAGCAAAAAUUGGUAUGGGACAGACAAGAUUGGAUAGGUUUAGUUUUGUUUGGAACUGAAAUAUGGGACAAGGAUCCUGAAACCAAACAUAUAUUGACUCUUCAGAAAUUAGGUCUACCUUCAAUAGAGAGCAUGAAAGAAGUAAUGAAAAUAGAUGAAGGAAACAAGUGGAAGUACUAUAGGGAUAUUGCUUCCUCUACGGCUUAUCCACUAUAUGAUGUACUUUGGCAUGCAGCACAAGCAUUCUCUGCUAUCCGCGUAACUAUGCCAAUGAGAAGAGUAAUUAUUUUUACGUCUUGCGAUAAUCCUCCAUGCGAUGAUAAUGAAAAACAUAGAAUAAGAGUACAAGCAACGAGUUAUAGUGACAUAGAUCUUCAGUUAUUAGUUGUUGGUUUGGGUGAAAAUUGGAAUCAUGAUUUAUUCUAUAAAGAUUUGGAAAUGCAAUUUGGAAAAAUCGAUGCAGAUGAUUACAACAGAAUAUCUUUGAAAGAUAUAGUGGAACAAGUAAAAUUGCCAUCUAGAAAUAUGGCGAAGCUACCUUUGAGACUUGGAGAAAAUGUAGUUAUAGAUGUAUCCCUUCGCAGUCUUUCUGUCAAAACAUCAUAUUUGAAAAAAGAAAAUAUAAGUAAAGAAAGCAAUAUUCCUUUGAGUUCACAUACAUAUCAUAUAGUGGAUGAAAAUGAUGAUAUAGAAGAAGUAGAGAAUGAAGAAAGUCAACAAGCAUCGUUACCUAUUUUAGAUAUAGAUAUUCAAAAAUAUCAAACAUUUGGUGAUGAGAGAAUAAAUUUUACACCAGAAGAAGUAAGAUGCUUAUGUACAACACGAGAAAUAGGCAUUGAUAUAAUUUAUAUAAAACACAUUUCUUAUCAUCCUCUAUAUCAUGUUGAAACACCAUACUUUGUCAUACCAGGCAAAAGUUAUCGUAAAGAUAACAAAUUACUAUUUGGUGCGUUACUCAAUAAAUGUGAAGCCAAAAAUUUAAUGAUAAUAUGUGCUGUUACAAUCAGAAAAAAUUUUGGUACAAGCCUAUAUACUAUGAUACCAAAUGUAAAAAGUGGGGGAUUUUAUUUGUAUAAAAUACCAUUUAAAGAAAAUGUGCAAAACAUGAGUGAAUAUUUCCCAGAAUAUAUAUUUGAUGAUAAUGAAAACAAACCUCCAAUUGUCCCAAAUGGAGUUGAAUUACUAGAACAAAUUAUAAAAAAAUUAAGUAUCGAAUAUAAUCCAAAAUUGUUUUCAAAUCCUGAAGUACAAGAUCAACAUCAAAUUAUAGAAGCCCUAGCUUUGGAUUUGGAAAAACCUGAGCCUCUACCUGACGAUACACUUCCAAACACUGACAAGAUGUAUAAACUGGUAAAUGAUUUAUUAGACGAAUAUGAUAAAGUAUUUAUGAAAAAGACAGACGAUAUAAGUGAUGAUCCACCAGAGACAAAACAUAAAAAAAGUAACAAAGUAAUGAAACCAAGUGAUUUUUCAGAGAAUAAAAUUCAAGAAUAUUUGAGAACAGGACAGAUAGCAACUUUUACUGUGUCACAAUUAAAGCAUAUGUUAGAGACAUUGGGAUUAAAAUUAUCUGGUAAAAAAGAUGAAUUGAUAAAUAGAAUUGAAAAACAUUUUGAAUAAAAUGUUACAAACUUUCAAGA